UGCAAAUGUACCCUCCUCCCGCAGGGGAGAGCGCUGGUUGGCGGAGAGAGGCCGCGACCACACAGCUGUGAGGGGAGGGGGGCGUGGGGGAGCCGUCGCGUUGGAGACGGCGGGAUCGGCGUUCCAAUCCCCCCUCCCUCCCCCCGCAGUUCAGGGAGCCCCCGCGCGGCGGUGAGAGGGGUUGGCGGUGCGUGUGGGUCCCCUCAGAGCGCCCCGAGGGCGCCCCGCGGCGUGGGGGCUUCGCGGCACCGGCGCCGCCGCUCCCGGGGACAGUGACGCCGGUGGGAGAGGGCGCCGCUCCCUCUGCCCUUUCCCCGGCCCUGGGUGAGGUGAGGCCGCUCCUGCUGCCCGCCCCGUGGGGCCGCGCUCAGGCUGCCCGGCCGGAGGUGCGCCCUGCCGGCAGAGCCGGUCCGGCGGCCCGCGGCCUCGGGAGGGAGCGCGAGUGGGGCUGCCUCCAUGUUUGUUUCCUUUCUCAGGGGCAGUCCUGCAGCCCGGGGCUUCCAGCUGCUGCUGCAGGAGCUGGGAUGAAGUAGUGGCGUGAGGACCCCGCGCCUUAACACAAAAAGGAGAGAGGCUGGAAUCGAUGGUGGUGUGCGCUUCUGGCUGUUCCCUAUGGCAGCCACGGACCCCCAGGUCCUGGCCUUGGCCGCUCAGAUCACUGAGAGCAGAGAACAGGACAUACCCCUGCUGCUGCUGAAGUUAAAGGGCAUUUUAAGCAGUCCUUCCUUAGGAUGUGAAGAAUCAAGUAAAAUUAAGCAAGAUAUAUACGAUUAUGGUCUUACUCAGUACUGCUUGCUGGUCCUUAAGCAAGACCACUCUCAGCUGCCUGGAGCCUGGGCUACUGCUGCCCAGCUAGCAGAGAUACUAAGUCAUUGUUGUGUAGGGCUAGAGGUGGAAGAAGAUCCUGAAGAAUUUUACAGGAAGUUUCUUCCUUCAGUUAUAGACAGCCUGCUGGUUUUGGGAAAACGCUUGCAAGCACGACUUAUCCGAGCAAUGAAGGAUAAAGAAAAACAAGACUUUUUACACUGGUUCCAAAUAGUAACUGAUGCCAUCUGCUGGCUGUUCGGUGGGCAUAUCCAACUAGCAGCACGUGUACUACAAAAUGAUCGCUUCCUGCAGUUGUUAAUAACAGAUGAUGUUGAAACAGCAAUUAUAAUGAUGUCUGUGUUACACAAUAUUUUCAGGAUCAAUAGUUCUGUCUUGCUUCAAGUUGAAGAAGAGACCCUUCACUCUGUUUUGGAUGAACUUGUUUAUAAGCUUUCCUCUACCACCAAUCCUGCUGUAGGAAGUGCUGCCACAAAACUGCUGUUGUUAGUGGCAAAAUCUUGCAAACAGCUUGUGCAGUUAUUCACAGCUCGCUACAAAGGAUUAAAAGAACUUUUAAGUAAACAGUGGACUGGCAAAGGAUUUGACAGAGAGGUCAAUCAACUCUUGGACCUGCUGUAUUUGGAACAAUCCAGUGGAAAAGGAGAAAUGCAGAAGCAGCAUGAAGCAGCUUGUAUAAUCCAGGCAGCAUGGCGGGGAUUUCAGACAAGGAAAAGGCUGAAAAAGCUACCCCAAGCAGUGGUCACUUUACAGAGAAGCUUCAGAGCUAAACGGGAACAGGAACUGCAGCAUUUAACAAAACAGAAGGAAGAUGAAGCUCUAAAGCUGCAAAUGCAACUUCAGAGACAGAGGGCCAUGAGACUCUUCCAUGAACGACAGCUGGCCUUACUGGAAGUUGUCCAUGCCAGUCAGGUGAAUAAAUACAUGCAGGAAAUGGAGGAGAAAUCAGCAUUAACUAUCCAGAGAUUCUGGCGAGGGUAUAGAGCAAGAAGAAUUUUUCAUCAGCAGAAACAAUCCCUUAAGGAGUAUAAGGCAGCUGUCAUCAUUCAAAGAGCAGCUUGUAAAUUCUUGGAGAAACGAAGAAGGAGGAGAUCUCUCUCUCCUUGGAAAGAACCCAAGGGACUGACUAAUGAGCAGAGACUAGCGUUGCAGCAGAAGGUGGAUGACUACAUCAAAUUGCAUCCGGCUUCCCAAAUGUCAGAAGAAAGGAGUAAAGAAUUGCAUAUGCAGGCUCAGGCAAAGCUGGCACAGUUCCUGUUGAGGAACAGGCUGGAUCAGAAAGCAGCACAGCGGAGAGAGGCUUUGCUGGCUCAGGUCAACACCGAUGUGGAGCUGCUAAUGAAUGCUCCGGGUUUAGCAGAGACCACAGAAAAAGAUUUUGGUGCCUUUAUGAGUCGAUCAAUCCCUGUAGCUACCAAGGCAAGACAAGCCCACAACACCAUGCUGAAAUACACUCGUUGGCCAUGGUGGAAGAAGCUUGGAGAUGAGUUUGUGGAGGAUGAUGUAAUUCCUGAUGAUGCUAUAAACACAGAACUGGAAACUCUCUUUAUUGGAGGAAGGAAAACCUUUUAGGUAACAAGCAGAAGAAUUUAAUAUUCAACCAGACUCAUAUGCACUCACUUGUGUAUGUUUUUAAGGAAGGAAAACGUUUGAAAAAGACUGAAAAAGACCAAGGCCUUAUUUUAGUGCAUUUUACUUAGUAAGAAUCCCUUCCUGUACAUCAAGAGUUGAAUCCUGUUGAUUGUGCUGUUGCAAAUAGGAUUUAAAUUCUCUAAUUGUAAAUGAAGGUAUUUUGUAAUUUGUAUAACUUUAAAAGUUAUUUCAUAAA